UCGACCUCCAUGGAUUUACAGGCAGUCCUGGAUGCGCCGGGAGUGAGGGGCAAAACGGUCACAGAAAUACCUAAAGAUGGUUUGACUGGUUUCAUUCAGUCCAUCAUUUCCAACAAAUCAAGAGAAUCACAAGAAGAACCAUUUUACGUGCUUGAUUUAGGGGUUGUCAUGGCUCUCUUGGAGAAAUGGGCCCACAGUCUCCCCAUGGCCCAACCCUUCUAUGCCGUCAAAUGCAAUUCAAACCCUGCUCUACUUGGAGCCCUUGCAACUCUCGGAGCCUCCUUUGACUGUGCAAGUCGGGUCGAGAUUGAAUCUAUUUUGUCACUCGGAGUUUCCUCGGAUAGGAUCAUUUACGCGAAUCCAUGCAAAGCGGAGUCUCACAUCAGGUAUGCUGCUAGGGUUGGUGUUAAUUUGACCACGUUUGACUCAAAACACGAAAUCGAGAAGAUCCGAAAGUGGAACCCGAAUUGCACUUUAUUGUUACGGAUCAAACCUCCCAAUGAAGACGGAGCCAAGUUCCAGUUGGGUGCUAAAUAUGGCGCUCUGGAGGAGGAAGUAGAGCCGCUCCUCAAAGCGGCUCAUAAUGCAUGCCUUAAAGUCGCAGGUGUUUCUUUCCAUAUUGGGAGCGCAGCAACGAGGUCGGGUCCUUACCGUUUAGCCAUUGAGGCUGCUAAAACGGCUUUUGAAAUCGCAGCUCAGCUCGGGAUGCCUAAAAUGCAUAUCCUUAACAUUGGCGGCGGCUUCAUGGCUGGGAACUUUGAUGAAGCCGCUUCCACCAUAAAAGAAGCUCUCCUCACUUAUUUUCCCGAAAAAGAAGAAGGAGAUUUAACCGUCAUUGCUGAGCCUGGACGCUACUUUGCUGAGUCGGCUUCCGCUCUGGCUACAAGCAUUAUCGGGAAGCGGAUUCGGGGCAAUUUAAGGGAGUACUGGAUCGGUGAUGGUAUCCACGGGUCCAUGAACCGUAUUGUGCAACAUUACGGCUCUAUCAUGUGCAGUCCUCUUGCAGUUGAGUCGAAUCGGAAGAACAUAACAUGUAAGGGAGAGAAAACGUACAAUUCAACAGUUUUUGGACCCACGUGCGAUGCGGAUGACACUAUUUUCAGAAGCUACCUACUACCUGAACUAGAGGUUAAUGACUGGCUUGUCUUCCCCAAUAUGGGUGCUUACACGGCUGUUGCUGGAUCUAACUUCAAUGGGUUUAAGACUGCAGCCAUUCCGACUAACCUUGCUUACUCGGGUUCUUAUAGUAAACCCUAG